GGCGGCGUUGCGUAGUGGUGUCCAACGUUUGGAACGAUGCGACACGCGCUUUCCUUUCUCAGUAUCGCGAAUACACCCACGACAGACACCCGCCGGCCGGCGCCGCAAUCCUGUCGUUACGUAAACGAAGAAUGGCCCACACGCAAGAACAAUCAUCGGCGUGAGCAGUAACAACAUUCGGAAUGCACUCAGGAAUGAAUCCCAGCAAGAAGAAACUCUCUUGAUAUACAUGCAUAGCAUUUCCAAUUAUUGAAAAUGACUUCGAGAGGAAAUCAUGGCAAAAAUAAAAAAAAUCAAAGAAGCAUUUCCACCAUCCGAAAGAGAACAGCGAUACAGCCAAGAAUAAUAAAAUCAAAGACAUAUCAGAAGACGGGAUGGAUGAGAUAUCAAAGCAGUUUUCAGAUGGGAAGACAUUUCUGGUGAGAACGUCAAAAGUGAUGGGAAGGUACAUGGUCGCCGCCAAGGACCUCAGCCCAGGCGAUGUUAUUUUAAGCGAGAAACCGUUGGUGGUCGGGCCCUGCACGGAUUGUCGCGUCCAAUGCAUCGCCUGUUAUCAUCAAUCGCGGAACAUGAACCAUACAUGCAAAUCCUGCCAAUGGCCCUUAUGCUCAGACCAGUGCAAGUCCCUAUGGACGCACUACGGCCACACAAAGCGCGAAUGUAAGCUCCUACAGGAGUGUAAGUCCGGCGACUUUCUGGACUACACCGAUUUUGACAAACUGCGCGUCAACUUCUACUGCAUCGUACCGCUGCGAUGUUUUCUCCUGCAGGAAACCGAUCCGCUCGGAUACAAGCUAAUGGCAAUGGAGAACCACGACAACAUUCGACGCAACAUUCCGGAGGUGUGGAACUUAAACCAAACGAUUGUCGAUCGCGUCGUCAAAGACUGGAAGCUGGAAUACACUGAAGAGCAAGUGCACAGCAUGUGUGGUGUGCUGGAAGUCAACGCGUUCGAGAUUGGUCAACAAGGCAUCAACAUUCGCGGAUUGUAUCCGUCAGCGUUUCUCAUGUCGCACAACUGCGUACCAAACACAUCGCAUUGCGACGAGGAACAGGAUUAUAAGUUAUCAGUGCGGGCAUCGACUACCAUACGAACAAAUCAAGCAAUUACAUUAAGCUACGCUUAUACUUUACAGAGUACUUUGAAAAGACGCGAACAUUUAUUGGAAAAUAAAUUCUUCGCCUGCACUUGUCAGCGCUGCGCUGACAAGACCGAAUUGGGCACUUACGUCGGUGCGUUGCGCUGUCCAAAGUGCAAGGAUGGGUUGGUCCUUAGCGAAGAUCCGCUGAAUCCCGAAGCAGUGUGGAGCUGCAGUAACAAAGCUGCCAAAAAUAAAGCCGCCUGUCCGGGCUAUACGCUUGCGGCGAAAGCCAUGGAACUGCUCACGAAUCGGAUAUCAAGCGAAUUGGACGAAAUUGAUUCGAACAAUAUCAGCGCGAUGGAAAGCCUCCUGGAGAAGUACCGAAAUGUCCUGCAUCCGAAUCAUUAUUUAAAUCUUGAGGUGAAAUUGAAUUUGAGCCAAUUGUAUGGGAAAAUCAAUGGGUAUCUUAUACAUGAAAUGUCCGAUGAAGAAUUGCGCCGGAAAAUGGAGAUUUGCAAAGAGAUUUUGAAGAUUUUCGAUGUUAUCGAACCGGGCUACACACGAAUCAGAGGUGUGACGCUGUACGAGCUGCACGCGCCGGUGCUGAUCCUUACCACGCGCCAAUUCGAACGGCAUCUGCUCAGCCGGCAUCAGCUGCGUGCGCGGAUACGCGAGGUGGUGCGUUGCUUAGAGGAAGCUUGCAUCAUCCUCGCCAACGAGCCCCAUUCUUCCGAAGGGAUGAUGAGCACCGCCGCCGAUGAUGCUCUCAUACGGAUGCGGGAAUGGCUCACCAAAAUCUAAUUGUUUUGUUUUCAUAUUUUACCGUAAAACUGAUUGAAAACAAUUAUAAAUGUUUUUGUUAUGUUGUAUUGACUUAAUGUACCUAUACUCUUAAAAUGUUUCCGGAAGUGAUUAGUGGUCUAAUCAUGAAAUUAUGCCGUAGAAAAAUGUUUCUUUUAUAAAAUUGACAAAAUGUGAUUAGUUUCUGCUGUAAAUUCGUACUAAACUAAGCCAUUAACCGAUCAUUGCAUUAACACAAACAGUAUAAUUGCACAAAAUAGAAGAUCACAUAAACAAUCGUCACUCUUUUAUCUGAUAAGCCAGCUUAUAGAGUUUA